GAGUUAAAAGAAACCAUGGCAAACCUCAGUUUCUUCCUCUCCUCUCUUCUAGUCCUAGCAGCCCUGCAUGGCACCCACGCAGUUGAUUACAUUGUCACGAACCGGGCGGAAACAACCCCAGGCGGUGUCCGCUUCAAUAAUGAGCUGGGCGUCGACUACACUAAGGAAACGAUGGCGUCCGCCACCAACUUCAUCUGGAACCUCUUUCAACAAAGCAAUGAGGCGGACAGAAAGAGCGUCGAGCGCGUGAGCCUCUUCGUAGAUGACAUGGACGGAAUCGCGUACACUAGCAACAAUGAAAUCCACGUCGGUGCCAACUAUAUCGGAAACAUAACGGCUGAUAUCAAGUGGGACUUCAAUGGGGUGCUUUACCAUGAAAUGGUACACAUAUGGCAAUGGAAUGGUAACAAUCAAGCUCCCAGAGGAUUGAUUGAAGGAGUUGCUGAUUUUGUGAGGUUGAAGGCUGAUUACGUGCCUUCUGGCUGGGUGCAGCCAGGGGGCGGGGAUCGGUGGGACGAGGGCUACUCGGUGACGGCGCGGUUUCUAGACUACUGCAAUGGUCUCAAGGAUGGGUUUGUGGCAGAACUCAACAAAAAGAUGAGAGAUGGUUACACUGACAACUACUUCGUGGAGCUGAUAGGGAAGACAGUUGAUCAGCUUUGGAGUGACUACAAGGCUCAAUAUGGAAAUUAAUUAGGCAGCUUAGCUAUAAGCCUAUAACUGAUAUAAUUAGUAUAUUAGUUUGAAUUAAUAAGAUGAUCGAGAUGCAGUAUUAAUUUAUGAUCAUGAUAAAAUAAAGACACUUGUGAAAUAAAUAUUACUUUGGUCGGUGAAAUCUCUCUCCCAGAGAAUAUUUUACUAUUAGCAUCAAGUUGUAUCUGUGAAUUUGGAAUUCGAAUAUAUGAAGAUCAUUUAAGCCU